CUGGCAAAAUGCAAUGGCUUAAGAACAGGAUCCAUGGAGCUAGCUCCAAGUGGCGUAAAGCCAAACAUUUUCAUUGAUCCGAUGAGCGCAAAGCAAAAAGUUUGCAAUGGCGUGGUGAGCAGCAAGGCAGAGGCUAAAGUCUCCAAUGGCCUGGCAAGCACCCAAGAAGAAGUCUCCAAUGGUCUUACGAGCAACAAGGAACAAGUCUCCAAUGGCAUUAUGAGCAGCAAGGCUAAGGCUAAAGUCUCCAGUGACCCAGUGAGCCCGCAGGCUAAACUCAACAAUGGUUUGUUCAACAAGCAAAAAGUCUCCAAUGACAUAAUGAGCAACAAGGCUGAGGUUAAAGUUCUCAAUGGACAGACAAGCACCCAGAAGCAAGAUAACAAUGGUCUGACAAGUAACAAGGAACAAGUCUCCAAUGGCAUGAUGAGCAACAAGGCUGGGAUUAAAGUUUCCAAUGGCAUGAUGAGCAGCAAGGCUAAGGCUAAAGGGUCCAGUGACCCAGUGGGUCCGCAGGCUAAACUCUACAAUGGUUUGUUCAACAAGCAAAAAAUCUGCAAUGGUUUGAUACCAAAGGAGUCAGUUCCUCAACCUGUUCAAUUAGCAGAGAAACCAUCCAACCGUGGUGGUCGACGCAGACACGGUCGAUCGUGUCCACGUCUACCGACGCCAACGCGUUUUGUGCCGCCCGACCUACAGUCGGUGGACAGCAUGACGUCUGCCGACUUUCGCCACGAUCAUGCCGCCCAUGUGGAGAACAUACGCACCCGGCAAAAGGAUCAGCAGCACAUGCACUUCUUCCAGGCGAUGAUCGAGGACAACAAGCAUCUCUUUGUGGGUCGCUGCAUACUCGUCGUGAGCUGCGGCUCAGGCACUUUGGCGCUGAUGGCUGCACAAGCUGGUGCCGCUCAGGUUUAUGCCAUAGAUCGCUCCAAUGCCACGGACUAUGCCCGACUGGUGGUCAAAGAGAAUCACUACGAGCAUGUGAUCAAGGUGUUGCAUGGCAGAGUGGCAGAGAUAGACCUAGAGCAACCUGUGGAUGGCAUCAUUUGCAACUGGAUGGGACACUGUCUGCUCUUCGAGUCGGAGCUAGUGCAGCUGCUCCAGGCACGCGAUCGUUGGCUCAAACCCAACGGAUUCAUCUUGCCGGAUCUGGGCUCGCUGUAUUUGCUGGGCGCAGACGAACAGCGGCUGAAGAACGAAACCUGCAACUGGUGGCUCGAUGUCUACGGCUUCAACAUGAAGGCCCUGCGUCGCUAUUCGCUCGCCGAGCCACGUUACGCACGCAUCAAAGGCGAUCGUCUGCUCACCAAGGCGCACAAAGUGCUCAGCUUGGAUUUGAACACUGCCAGCAUGGAGCAGCUGAGGAUUGAGCGCAACAUACGGUUGCAGGUGCAGCGCGAGGGAUAUUUGGAAUGCUUUCUUCUAUACUUUGACGUGGCCUUCAGUCGUGCCCAUCAGCCGCUAAAGAUCAGCUGCAAUCCCUGGCUCGGCGAUCGCCUUAAAUCGCUGUGGCUCCAAACUGUGCUCUUUGUGGAUCAACCCUUUGUGAUGCGUUGCAUGCACGAAUAUGUGGGGCAGCUGACAUUCAAGCCAGUGCGGCAGGCAACGAAAUUAUCUCAGCUGAAUCUGCAUGAAAUGCAGCUGGAGAUUGAGUUGUCUGAGAUCGUGAUGAGAUGGUCGAGAAUUGUGGAAAGGCGUGUGAAGAAAAUGUGGCUAAUGCUGCCGCGCUUCCAAAGCGUGCCUGAGGUGGAAGCUUGCCAGGAUCAGCUGCCGUUGUAGAUGGGAAACGCACUUUAGUUUAGUUAAGGAAACAAUGAAAUAAUUACUAAGCUUUUUGCUAAAUGUAUUGUAUACGUUUUGAAAUAAUUGCUUAGCUUUUUGUAUACACAAGUUGAAUUUAUUGUACACGUUUUGUUUUGAUUUAAUUAAGAAGUUUAUUUA